AUGGCUAAAUAUCGUCCCUGUAAUAAAAGAAACGCCAACCGACUCAAUGGUGAGAUGCACCUGAUUGGAUUCCGACCUGGAAAUGAUAGGGGUAAAUCUGCCGGAACUUAUGCCCAAAGAACAGAUCUCACACCUGCCCAAUCAGCUCACGAUGAUACUCUUUGGGCAAAACUUCAAUCAUUCAACAAAUUCCUUUCUCAACGGAUGGAAGCCAUUUCCCAAAGUGCCUACCAACAAAACAAGGAGUUGAUGAAUAAACGUGGCAUCCCUAACUGGUCUCAGGAGGAAUGGGCGGAAAUGCGUAAGGAGGAUCAAGUCGAAUUCCAGUUUGCCUCGAACGUUUCUGUCACCUACAACGAUUUUUACAACAAGCCGCAUCAAGACAAAAAGGACAUCAACGGAUGGACGUAUGGUAUUUUUGCUUAUGUUGACCUUGAAACAGGCAAACCUAUCCCUCCCCCUUCUACAGAAUUGGGUCAUGGCUUCUUAUUUCCUCGCCAUGCUUACCUGAUAGACUUUGUUAAGUCUAGUGGCAUCAUGGAGCUUGUUUGGCAAACUACCAAAUUUGAACACUGCACCACCAUGCCUCCUCCAUCCCUACGAAACCAAAAGGGACGCACCUGGACACACCAGGGAUUUUCUUUUCAAAUUAACAAAUACCUUGCUAAAGUUGCUCAGGAAUUAAGAGAUGCUUCUCCACAACUUGUAGAAAAAAAAACCUUAUGCAAGAAACAAAAAUACGGUGCUUAA